AUGGACGAGGCUGGUGACAUGCUCAACUCCGCGCCUAGCCUUCAGGAUAUUGUCGACGAGAUCCAAGCCGAGAGGUUAACAGAAGUUAUGAAGCGAAAAGAGUGGGAAAGGUCAGAAAAAUGGAGGAGGAUGGCCAAAGUCGUCCGCAAAGGCGGCGAAGGUGAGGGUGAGGGAAUGAACUUUGAGUUCGAUGCCCGAAACCCGAAACUUAUCGAGAGGACCUGGAAGGGAAUACCCGAUCGAUGGCGAGCAGCAGCAUGGUGGUCUUUUAUGACCACCAGUGCUAGGGAACAUGGAGGGAUUGCUUCCGAGGACAAAAUUGUGAUGGAAUUCCACCGGCUCCAACUACGGAGUUCACCAGACGAUGUACAGAUCGAUUUGGACGUGCCCAGAACCAUCAGUCGCCAUAUUAUGUUUCGACGUCGUUAUCGAGGUGGUCAGCGAUUACUGUUUCGAGUCCUUCAUGCCAUUUCUAUCUAUUACCCUGACACAGGCUACGUCCAAGGCAUGGCAUCUCUGGCGGCUACAUUGCUCUGUUACUUUGAUGAAGAGAAGAGCUUUGUGAUGCUGGUGCGCAUGUGGCAGUUGCGCGGGCUAGCAAGACUAUAUCGCCCGGGUUUUGAGGAACUCAUGGAGGCCAUGACCGACUUCAGCGCAAACUGGCUCAACAAAGAAGUGGCCAGUAAGCUAGAUGAAUUAUGUAUCGACACUACUGCUUAUGGUACUCGUUGGUACCUGACUCUUUUCAACCUCUCCGUUCCCUUUGCGGCCCAGCUGAGAAUCUGGGACGUGUUUCUUUUGUUGGGAGAUGGUUCUAUUGCUGCGAGGCCUGAUAGUCGAAGAUCCGAGAACAAGCCUACUGCGUCGGGCGAAUAUGAUAUUUUGCAUGCUACCAGUGCAGCAUUGGCUCAAGCCCUGCGGGAUGUCCUCUUGGGUGCGGAAUUCGAGAAUGCCAUGAAGGCAUUGACGUCGGCGAUCCCCAUAAAGGACGAGGACCUUUUGAUGAAGGUGGUCAAGGCGGAAUAUAAACAACAUCACAGCCGGAGGAAGACCUAG